CUGGAAGCAGUUCAGAGCCCAGUAAAGUUGUGAUCCAUGGCUACAGUGCUCAUGUGCCGAAGAAUUCCCAGGCUGAGCAGGGCAGCAGCGCUUUCGACCACAGCCAAGCGCGGGGCCGAGCAUGGGAGCAGCAAAAGCGAGCAGGAAGAGAAGGAUAACCCAGGAACAGCCAGCACUGGGAGCGAACCCGUGGCUACAAUCCAGCUGCUGAACCCCCUGGACUACAGAGUGUUGUACAAUCCAUCUGCCUAUGCCAGAGGCAGAGCUGGCUCCCAGCAGCACCUGGAUAGGGACAGCGGCCAGGCCCUCGGUGACACGCUCACCAGCCCUAGCGCUGCACAGGCUCCACAGGCGUUCCCUGCUGCCUCUUCCCGAACUUUGCCACCCCUCAGGAGAGCCCCGUCCAAGUCCAAGUCCAACACACUCCUCCAGCAGACCAUCCUGGCGGCGCUGUCCGAGGCGGAGAAGGAGAAGUGGGAGGUGCACGACUCCAAGGAGGACCCGCGGGUGUUUCAGAAGGGGAGGCCUGAGUACAGAUCCCUGAGCUGUGACAGCUCUGAGCCAGCACAGCCCCUCCCUGCAGAGGAAGGUGACUCCAUUUUGGAUAGUGUGGCUGCGUGUGAGGGCAGCCCAGGAUCCAUCACGGAUCGCUUCCAGAGGCUGAGCCGUUUGCCGGUGGAGCGGCGCGCGGGGCUGGCAUCCGAGCCUGGGUUUGAUGCCCUGUGUCACUGUGCUGUCCAAGCCAUCGGGCUCUUCAGCACUCCAGAUCUCAUCCAAGUUCUAAAGUCCUGUGUCCUGCUGGCUGUCCCACCCGCCCACCCUCUGCUGGACGCGUGCGAGGGCGAGUUCUGCCGGCGGGCGUGGGACAUGGAGCUGGAGCAGCUGCUGCUGGUGGCGGAUUGCUGGCGCUGCCUGGAGCGCAGCGUGCCCUCCUACCUCGGCAUCCUCUUCAGCUUUGCCAACCUGCACUGGAAGGACCUCACCCUACCCCAGUUUGUGCAGCUCGUUUACAUCAUCGGCGAGGGCCGGCGGGCGCCCGCGGACCUGGCGCAGAAGGUGGAGAGCACGAUCCUGAAGUACCUGGACUCCUUCACCCUGGAGGAGCUGGGAGCCAUCUGCCUGGGGCUCUUCAAGUCCGUCAGCGGCAUCUCCGACCACGUCAUGAGGAGGAUUGCAGACAGGGUGUCCCUGCAGAUGGAGGACAUGAGCACCUACGCCCUGGUGAACGUGCUCAAGAUGCUCCGCUACACCCGCAUGGACCACCUGCCCCUCCUGAAGGAGCUCGGGAAGGUGAUUCCCGAGCGGAUUCCUACCGUGAACAUCCAGGGCAUCAUGCACAUCACUCUUACCUAUUCAUCCCUGCACUACUUUGACGAGGGUGCUUUGGCUGCCGUGGCCGCGUCGCUGCCUCCCAGGGUGUCCUACUGCCGGAGCAAAGACGCCGCCAAGUUCCUGUGGUCGUUUGGGUGCCUGGACUAUGAGCCUCCCAACGAGGAGGAGUUCUACUCCAGCCUGAUAAAGCAGAUCCAUAGGAAACUCCACGAAUUUAAGAAGUUUCCAGAGCACCUCCUCACUGCUCUGCUCGGCCUGGCCUUUGUCAAACGCUUCCCAGAGGAGCUGAUAGACUAUGCCCUGAGGGAGGAUUUCAUCCAGAAAACACGGGACAGCAAAUAUGAGCUCAGCAAGGACCUGUUCACCCUUGGGAAGAGCGUUGAAAUCGAGUGCCCCACCUACCGAGGCAACCGCCUCCCGCCUCAGCUCUGCCAGGAGUUCACCCAGAUGGCUUUGAGCUUUGCAGAGCAGGAGAUCUACGUUAGGCCCGAAAUCGUGGAGGCCACGUCCCUCCUGGAGAGCAUGUUGGGGGGCCCCGAGUACGUCAGGAACCACAUGAUCUUGCCACACACGAGGUCCAGCGACCUGGAGGUGCGUUUGGCCACGGACGGGCAUCCCGUCCCCUUCAACUUCAAGGGUCCUGUGGCAGCCAGCAAGCUCAAAGACAUCGGGGUCAGUCUGACAGAUGACUUGAUGGCUCAGCUCAUCAAGGGCAGAGCUCGUGGCCCGUCUCCCGUGGACGUGGAAAAUGAAGGCAGGACUGCCAGGCAGGAGAGAGGGGAUGAAGCGGGAAUGCCGCGCUCGGACGGGGCUCUCACUGCAGGGGCCAAAUCACCAGCUGAGCCUCAAGCAGGGCGCUGUCCCGGGGUCCCCCCAUCCCUCCCUCAGCCUGGGGAGGUGAGGCUGGCUCUGCAGGUGUCCAACAGGAACCACUACUGCUACAGCUCCAAGCGGCUCCUGGGGCUGCACUGCCUGAAGCGGCGGCAGCUGCGGCGCCUGGGCUACGUGGUGGUGGAGCUGCCCUUCUGGGAGUGGUUCCCUCUGCUGCGGCGCUCGCGCUCCGAGAAGCUCAGCUACCUCCACUACAAAGUGUUCAACCCGGCGCUGCUCAGCAGGGCUGCCUAGGGUUGGGGGGGGAGUGGGGGUGUGGGGCUGGCUCAGAGCCUCCCCAGUGCCUGCCUGCUGCUGGUUACUGGUUAAACUGGUCUCUGAGUGAUGGGUCAGCCUUUGGCAGGUGCUCUGGGCCUCGCUGCGUGGCCAGUUCUGCGCU